ACGAAACAUUCAAUUUUCACAACCAUAGUAAACUCGUUUUCCUCCUCCUCCUUCUCUCUCUCUCUCUCUCUCUCCUCUUCAUCGCUUUGCUCUCACACGAAGCAAAUAACGAUCCUAUCUCUCUUCUUCUUUUGUUCACAUUGUUGCGGUUUGAUUCUUGCUUUCCCUAGUUUCCUGGACGAAAAAGCCAACAUUGCAUCGAUAAGAAAGAAAAAAAGCAGAACUUUGGAUUUGAUUUUUCGAAACAGAGAAUCUCAUUUUCGAUAUAACAUUGGGGGUUCUACAUUGGUUUGAUUUUUGAAGAGGUUUGAUUUUUGAAGAGAUUUUUUUUUUCUUCCCCCGUGAAUUGUUACCGGGGAGAUGUCUGGUUUUGUUGGUGUUAUUGUUUCGGAUCCAUGGUUACAAAGUCAGCUUACACAAGUCGAGCUUCGGAGUCUUAAUUCCAAGUUUGGUUCGUUGAAGAAUCAGAAUGGUAAGGUUACAUUAGAGGAUCUUCCGUCUGUUUUGGUCAAGGUGAAGUCACUUAGUUCAGCUUUUAAAGAGAAAGAAAUCAGAGAACUCUUGCCAGAUUUGGGUUCUGAUUAUGAAACCGAUGAUCUUGAUUUCGAAUCGUUUCUCAAGAUAUAUCUAAGCUUGAGAGAUAAAGCUGCUGAUAAAUCUGGUGGUCAUAAGCACUCAUCUACGUUUCUUAAAGCUGGCACAACGACUCUUCAUACCAUAAACCAGUCAGAGAAGGCUUCUUUUGUUCAUCACAUCAACAGAUAUCUUGGGGAUGACCCGUUUUUGAUGCAGUUUCUUCCUUUAGAUCCGGAUUCCAAUGAUUUGUAUGAACUUGUGAAAGAUGGUGUACUUCUAUGUAAGCUUAUAAACAUAGCAGUUCCUGGAACAAUAGAUGAACGAGCGAUCAACACGAAAAGGGUACUUAACCCAUGGGAGAGAAAUGAGAAUCACACGCUUUGUCUCAACUCUGCGAAAGCUGUUGGCUGCAGUGUGGUUAAUAUUGGGACUCAGGACCUGGCUGAAGGACGACCUCAUUUGGUGCUUGGAUUGAUCUCACAACUCAUAAAGAUUCAACUGCUCGCUGAUCUUAGUUUGAAGAAGAUGCCUCAACUUGUUGAGUUGGUGGAAGACAACGAUGAUAUAGAAGAAUUUUUGAGAUUACCCCCGGAGAAAGUCUUACUCAAAUGGAUGAACUUCCAUCUCAAGAAAGGUGGUUACAAAAAAACUGUUGGAAAUUUUUCUUCGGAUCUGAAGGACGCACAGGCAUAUGCUUACCUGCUCAAUGUUCUCGCACCAGAGCACUGCGAUCCAGCUACUCUAAAUGCAGAGAAUGAUCUUGAAAGGGCAAACAUGGUCCUCGAACAUGCAGAGAGAAUGAACUGCAAACGGUAUUUGACUGCAGAGGAGAUAGUUGAGGGGUCUUCGUAUUUGAAUCUAGCAUUUGUGGCACAGAUAUUUCACGAAAGGAAUGGCCUUAGCACUGAUGGUAGGUUCUCCUUUGCGGAGAUGAUGACUGAGGAUUUACAGAGUUGUAGAGAUGAAAGAUGUUACCGCUUAUGGAUUAACAGCCUUGGGAUUGAGAGUUACGUCAAUAAUGUGUUUGAAGAUGUUAGAAACGGAUGGAUUCUUCUGGAAGUUGUCGACAAGGUCUAUCCAGGAUCAGUUAACUGGAAGCAUGCUUCAAAACCACCAAUUAAAAUGCCGUUUAGAAAAGUAGAGAAUUGCAAUCAAGUCGUCAAGAUUGGGAAAGAGAAGAGAUUCUCGCUUGUAAAUGUAGCUGGAAAUGACAUAGUUCAAGGGAAUAAGAAGCUUAUCCUCGGCUUCUUAUGGCAGUUGAUGAGAACGCAUAUGCUCCAACUUCUCAAGAAUCUGAGAACUCGAACACGAGGAAAAGACAUGACCGACUCAGAAAUCCUGAGCUGGGCAAACAGGAAAGUCAAAAUCAUGGGACGGAAAUCACAGAUCGAAAGCUUCAAGGAUAAGAGUCUAUCAAGUGGAUUAUUCUUCCUCGAUCUUCUAUGGGCAGUUGAGCCAAGAGUUGUUAACUGGAAUCUUGUCACCAAGGGUGAAUCAGAAGAUGAGAAGAGAUUGAAUGCAACAUAUAUUGUCAGUGUAGCAAGAAAGCUUGGGUGCUCGGUUUUCUUGUUGCCGGAAGAUAUCAUCGAGGUGAAUCAAAAGAUGAUAUUAAUCUUAACGGCAAGUAUAAUGUAUUGGAGCCUUCAGCAAAAAACAUCAUCGUCAGAGAGUUCAAGUUCGAGUUCGGAUUCAUCAUCGACUUAUAGCACGACAACGACAUGCACAAGCACGUGCACGAGCACUGAUGCUUCACCAGCUCCAUCUGUCACGGGAGAUGAUGAAGUCUCUUCUUUAAACGGGGAAAUAUCGAGCUUAACGAUAGAAGAAGACAAUGACGCAGACAUAAUGUCUGAUAUCACCUCCAUCUCAGAGGAAACAGUCAUUGAAUAGAGAGAGUGAGAGAAACCAUACUCUUUGCCGGAACAGAGUUGCUUUGUAAUAUUUUUCACAUCUUCUCUGUCUGUGUGUAAUAAAAUUAUAUUUGUUACCACUAUUAAAAAGGGAAACAUUAAAAGUGAAAAAAAAGGAAACAUUUGUGAAGUACACUAAAAAAUGUCAAUCCUGUUCUUUU